GACGGAACAGGAGGGCGGGGACUGCUGUGUAGCCUAGCGUGCAGCACACGCGAAAGCGGAAGUUAGCGGUAGAAAUGUUUGUGUUGUGAUGAGGCACCACAAUUUCUGUCACAUAUGUAGCAAAACUGUUGUUUUACAAACCUCAAACUGAGGCUCGACCGGAUUAUAAAAGCGACUGAAGGGCUUAAUUUCACUGUAACGUAUUUCAUAACUAGGCUAACUCUUAGCUGCAACUAACGUUACUAACGUUAGGAGCAACGAGACAAACGAAAGAGCAAUGUCGGUGAAAACAAACGCAAGUAAAGGCAAAGACAGUAGCGAAGUUAUUAAAAACCACCAUAAACUGGCGUUUGAGCAUAUAUCCAAGGCACUGAAGAUCGACGAAGAUGAUACAGGAGACAAGGAGGCGGCUGCGCAGUGGUACAAGAAAGGGAUUGCUGAGCUUGAAAGGGGAAUAGCAGUGGAGAUCACGGGACAAGGAGAGCAACAUGACCGGGCAAAGAGACUUCGAGAUAAAAUGGUCAACAAUCUCACCAUGGCAAAAGACAGGCUGGCUCUUUUAGAGGCAACAUUGGCAUCUAAAAGGAGGAGUGAUCCCCAGAAGGCAUCACAUCACGUCCCCCCUCAGCCAAAGCCUGUUCCCAAAAGCCAGCCUGCAGUGCGAGGUGUGCCCGGUAACAUCAGGCCCUCCACUGCUGUCAGACCGCCGUCUAGGCCCACUGAUCUGAGGGUGACCCCACGGGUGGGAAAAGCCCAAAAUGGAAAACAGCCCAAAAAGACAGAUAUGAGAAAUUUUAAGAAUGUGGACAGCAAGCUAGCCAACUUGAUCCUGAAUGAAAUUGUUGACAGUGGAGCGUCUGUGUCCUUUGAAGACAUUGCGGGACAGAAUCUGGCUAAGCAAGCACUCCAAGAAAUCGUCAUCCUUCCCGCCUUAAGACCAGAGCUCUUUACUGGCCUGAGAGCUCCGGCACGUGGUUUGCUCUUAUUUGGCCCUCCUGGUAAUGGGAAAACCAUGCUGGCCAAAGCAGUCGCAGCGGAGUCAAAUGCCACAUUUUUCAACAUCAGCGCUGCCAGUUUGACCUCAAAAUAUGUGGGAGAGGGUGAGAAGCUUGUCCGAGCGUUGUUUGCAGUCGCCAGAGAGUUGCAGCCCUCCGUCAUCUUCAUUGAUGAAGUUGACAGUUUGCUUUGUGAACGGAGGGAGGGAGAACACGAUGCCUCCCGUCGAUUAAAAACCGAGUUCCUCAUUGAAUUCGACGGGGUGCAGUCAGGAGGGGAUGACAGGGUACUUGUAAUGGGAGCGACCAACAGGCCUCAGGAACUUGAUGAAGCAGUUCUGAGGCGCUUUGCAAAAAGAGUCUAUGUGGCAUUGCCUGAUGAGGAGACAAGAUUCACGCUGCUGAAAAAUCUUUUGGGAAAACACGGGAAUCCACUGAAUAAAAAUGAGCUGACCUAUCUUGCAAAAGCGUCUGCAGGAUAUUCAGGAAGUGAUCUGACAUCAUUAGCCAAAGAUGCUGCACUCGGGCCGAUUAGAGAGUUGGGACCAGACCAAGUCCGAAGUAUGGCUGCUAGUGAGAUGCGCAACAUCAAGAAGAAAGACUUUGAGGAUUCCCUGAAGCGCAUUAAGCCCAGUGUUAGCCCAGCGACUCUUAAUAUGUAUGCCAAAUGGAACAAAGAUUUUGGUGACACAACAGCUUUUUGAACCUAGUAGUUCAUUUUCACUCCUAAAAAAAAAAAAAACUGGAAAGAGAGCAACAGUAGAUUCCUUUGUUUUACUCUACGGGUAUAAGAUGUCAUUAACAUUAUGGCACACAGAUCUCUUACUGUACUUAACUUCCCUGUUUUAAUAAUGCUAAUAAUAAUAAUUAAUAAUAAAAGAAAUGCUUUAAGAUUUUUAUGAGUUUCUCUACUGUAUUAUUACACUCCUCAAACAUUUUCUUACUACAUAAUUCUCAAGAAUGCCUUGCAAAAUGACAAGUGAUCUUUCUCUUGCCGCAAGUUUCUGUAAAUCCUGACAAAUUCUGACAUAGCCUGACUUAAUUGGAUGAUUUUUUUGCAUCCAUUAAUUGCCUGAUGUACUGACUUGUUGAUGGUAUAGAUUAUCAAGUGCUCUCUGUAUUUAUGCACAUGCAAGAAUGAUAAUAAUUGGAAAAAAGUUUCCAUAAUGGGUGCUUUUGUAUAAUAAGACUUGUGAAAAAGCAUUUUCAGCUUGUAGAUACAAAAACUUGUACUUGAAAAUAGAAGAUCUAAUGAAUUGUGUUGUCCCAAAAACAUUUAUGAUAUUUAGCUGAAAAGUAUCAGAACUGUAAUGGCUUCCUACUUUUUGUCAUGCAUGAAUAAAUCCAUUCAAGAAGUUUC